UGAGCACGGAUAACAACUCGACUCUCUUGUGCGAGACGGACUAGGACCCGGACAUGUUCAGUGUCCAUACCACCCCGGAGAAGCCGAGGGUGCGUCAGCCGAAGCGUUCGUCGCCUCAAAUCCGCGACCGCCGUGGUACGAAGGUAGAUGUUGCGAGCUUAUCGCCUACCUCGUCACCUGCGAGUGGUCUCAACUCGCCGCAGACCGGGGGGGUCGCGUCAUCAGCUAGCCGCAGGACGUCCCCGCGCACCCCGAAGCGAACGAGUGCACCCGACGUAGAGGGGUACGAGACGAAGUACGUUAAGCCUGUUCCCCAGCGUUUCAGCCGUGCUGCCGGCGGGAAGGACGGCGGCGGCGGCGGCGGUUCCUAUGGGUCACCGCUUCUCGUCAGCUCAAGCCAAGGCAGCGGCGACAGUGAUGAGGCGGAGGGAGAGUCCUCGCCGGUCACCGGGGGUAGUAGUGAGGGCGGAGGCGGCAAGGGGAAGGAGCCGGAGAGGAGAAACCCUGGGCCUGAGGUUAAAAGAUCUGGCAAUGAGACAGGCCCGCGGUGGUGGACUCAGCAGGGAGAGAGGGAGCUUCUGUGGCGGCUCAUACCGAAGCACUUAGCGUCCAAGCACUCGGCCACGAAGGCUAAGGAUGAGGAGUGGUGGAAAUGCGCACAGGCCCUCUCGAAGAAGGUCGAGAUGACAAUGCGGGUCAAGGAAGUGCAAAAGGACGGCAACGUGGAACUGGUCACGAAGAAGGUCACAGUCGACAUGGGGAGGAAGAUGGAGGUCAUCGUGGAAAAGCUGAGUAGCAUCUUCAGCGCUCACCAAACGGCAUGGAACAAGAGGCAGGAGAAGAAGAAGAGUCUCACCGGCGAGGGUGACGAUGGCGAUGACGAGGGAACGGAGGCCGAAGCGCUGGAGCAGGCGAGCAUAGCCUGGGAGGCUGGACUGGUGGAGAAGGCCUCCAAGGACAACACGAAGCAGGAGCAUACGGCGGCGGCUAAUCGUACUCGCGACAAGGCCAAGGAACACCAUGCCCGUUCGAUGCAGAGCACGUCUGGAGUGGGCGCUUCGGCGAAAUCCACGAACGGGAAGGGCAAGGCCAAGGAGAAGGGACGUGGAGCGGUCCGCGACCAAGAUCAGGUGACGCCGAAGCGAGCGCGGUCUAGUACGGAGCCCCCGGCUUUGACGUUGGACCUAAACGAUGGCGCUGGGGGCUCCGACGAGUCCGAUUCAUGCUCGUCCCGUCAGGGCAGCUGGAGGAGAUCUGCGGUCAGCGUCGAUGACUCUUCCGAUGACGAUGAAGAAACGAACGUGAUGGACCAAGCGGCGCUAGAUCUGGCAUGCGGAAGGGGUGGGAGGUCCACCCGUGACGGGAAAGGAGGUGGGAAACGCAGGCGUAAAGUUCAGCCCCUCUCCAGCGGGAUGGGCGGAGACCCCGUGUUGAACCAGAUCAUGGACUUGCUGCACUCGAAGGCAAGGGCCGGAUCGGGGGGGCACGGCGAGGGACCUCCUCCAAUGACGGAGGGCAGGGUCUGCGCCAUCGUGGAUGAACGGGUGGCAGCGGCUGUCGCAGCAGGUAUGAGGCGAUACGAGGCAGAGAGGCAGCAGCAGCACCAACAGCAAUGGCAGCAGCGCCAGCCGCAGCCGCAGCCGAGCCCGUUCUACGCCCCGACCGGCGCUUUCCCACUCGCCCAUGGGGCUGCGUCAGGCGUUGCUCCUGCCGGCAUGCCAGGGCCCUCCGUCGGCGUUCACAGCACGAUAUGGCCAGGUACGACAGCGGGCGGGGGCGCGGCGGUGGGUAUGGCGCAGGGUGGGGUUGGGAUGAGCGCAGCUGGAGGGGCCUCGCACGGACAUAGCUUCGCGGCGCCGAGGGAGGGAAAGACAGGGAUCUCAGAGGCGCAAGAGGUCCGCGGGGGUGCGAGCAGCUCUCUCCCGGGUGUCAGCGGGGCGGAUCCCCCACCAUCGGCGCCGUCGACCAGGCCACCUAACUGUCAAUGCGGUCAAGCGGCUCGACGAGUAGGACCCGUCACAGCGGACGGUGCCGCGAACGGGACCAUAUCCUGGAUGUGUGCCAAGGCGGACAGGAACCAACAGUGCAACUUCUUCGAGCUCAUCAGCCGACCGGGAGGGGGAAGCACUUCCACCGGCCGCAACAACAGCGGCAUGGGGGGCGGCGGCACACUUUCACGGGGAGGCACAGACGGGAGGUCGGUGGGUGGGAUGCGGGUCGGUCAGGAGACCUUUGCUGAUCGUCUCUCAGCAAUAACAAGCAACUUUCCCAUCUCAACGUGGUCGUGGACAAGCGUGUCAACGACAGGACCUUCAUCUAUCUCUAGGAGCAAGCCACCGCCCACGACUUCACUCCUUGAAACUUGGCGUCAGCUGGCAUUGCACGAGGACACCAUGUCCAGCGGCAACGUGGAACUCGUGGGCGACAAUGUGGAAAUCCUCGACUACGAACCCGAGGGCGAGGCUCCCACCGCAGAGCAGUUUCCAGCGGCGGGUGCAGUAGACGAGAGCCCCCCCAUGUUCAUGGUGUUCACCGUCGAUGAGUUGCUGGACAACAUCGCCACAGCAGAUCCGGCGGAACUGGAGCGGGCCUACAAUAACGGACGUGUCUCUCUGGAGGAUAUCGUAGAAGCAGCCCAUCUGUCGUCCGAUUCCCCCCUUUUCGUUCCUCCUUUCUCGCUCCCGCCGGAAGACAGAUUAAUCCCUUUGCCCCACGGCGAGUUUAUGGCGUACAAAGGUUGAACGAGAUGUGGUGCGACGGUCUUGCCGGGAAGAUAGCAGAGGCGGAGGCGCGAGAGCAGGCGAAGCGCGAGGACGCGGAGCGCUUGGCGGAACGGGAGGCUGCUCUGGCCGCUGCGGCGAGGAAGCAGGAGGAGGAGCGUGAGGCUGUUCGGGCU